AUGAAAUUUAAUUACCCAGAAACAAGAAGAGAUGAUUCUGUUUUUGAUAUAUUUAAAUCAACAGAAAAAGGAAGUGUUAAAGUUUAUGAUCCAUAUCGUCAUUUAGAAGAUCAACAAUCACCAGAAACAAAGAAAUGGGUUGAUGAAGAAAAUAAAAUUACAAGAUCAUUUUUAGAUCAAGAUAAUACAAGUGAAAAGAUUUCAAAUGAAAUUAUGAAAAUGUUAAAUUUUGAAAGAUUUGAUUGGUUUAGAAGAAGAGGUUCAAAAUUAUUCUUUUCAAGAAAUCCAAAUACAUUAAAUCAAAAUAUAAUUUAUUUGAUUGAUAUUGAUCAAAUUUCAAUUAGUAAAGAUGGUAAAUCAAGUGCAAAAGGAUUUGAAAAUGCAAUUGAAUUCUUAAAUCCAAACACUUAUUCAAAAGAUGGUACAUGGAGUUUAAAAUCAUUUGUAAUCUCAAAGAGUGGUGAUCAUGUUUGUUUUAGUUAUUCAAAGGCAGGUUCUGAUUGGGAAGAGAUUGCAGUAAAGAAAAUUAUAACAACUAAUGAGUUAAAGACAAAUAAGGAUGAUGAAGAGGAGAAAGAAGAUUUAAAAAAGAAGAAUUGUUUACAUUAUGCAGUUGUGGAUCUACCAGAUUCAAUAAAUUGGUGUAAAUUUACUUCGAUUAAAUGGGAUGAGAAUGAGACUGGUUUCAUCUAUAAUCGAUAUCCAAAACCGGAAAAAGUAUCCGAUGAUGAUAAAGGCACUGAAACCGACACCAACUUGAAUAAUAAAGUUUAUUAUCAUAAAUUAGGUGAUGCCAAUGAGUCGUUUGAUAGAGUGGUUUUCGAAUGUCCAGAGAACCCACAAUGGAUAUUUGGUACUGAGUUCUCUCAUGACCAUAGCUCUUUGUUUAUCAGCGCUUUCAGGGACUGCAAUGUUGAGCAUAAUCUAUAUGUAAUUAGAAAUUUCCAAGAGGCAAUUGCAAAUAAAUCAGCCUUUAAAGUCGAGGCCCUCAUAGAUAAUUUCGAUGCUUGUUAUUAUUAUAUUACAAAUACUAAACAAGGUGAAUAUUUCUUUUUAACCAAUUUAUCUGCACCAUUCAAUAGAUUAAUCUCAAUUCAAUUGAAUGAUGAUCAACCAAUCGUACCAAAUUCAAAGAGUAAAUUAGAGUUUAAAGAGAUCAUUCCAGAGAAAGACUAUGUAUUGGAAUCGGUUAGUCGUUCCUCUCAAGAGAAAUUCUACGUUUCCUAUCAAAAACAUGUUCAAGAUAUCAUUGAAGUAUAUGAUUUCAAUGGUAAAUAUUUAAAGGAUAUUAAAUUACCAGGCCCUGGAAGUGCUUCAUUAUCAGCCACUGAGUAUCAUGAUCAUAUCUUUAUAAACUUUUCAAAUUUAGUUUCACCAUCGGUAACUUAUUAUAUGGAUUCAAAGAAUGAUGAAUUGUUACUCUUUAAAGAACCACACAUUGAAGGCUUCAAAUCAUCAGAUUAUGAAUGUAAACAAGUCUUUUAUGAAUCUCCAAAGGAUAAAACAAAGAUUCCAAUGUUUAUAGCCUAUAAGAAGACCACAGAUAUCACCAGUGGUAAUGCUCCAACCUAUAUGACUGGUUAUGGUGGUUUCAAUAUCUCUUACACUCAAUCAUUCUCAAUUAGAAAUAUUUACUUUUUAAAUAAAUUCAAUGGUAUCUUUGUAAUUGCAAACAUUAGAGGUGGUGGUGAGUAUGGUAAAGCUUGGCAUGAGGCUGGUUCAAAAAAGAAUAAGCAAAAUUGCUUUGAUGAUUUUAUUGGUGCCGCUGAAUAUUUGAUAAAGGAAAACUAUACAAACCAAAACAAAUUGGCCGUAAGAGGUGGUAGUAAUGGUGGUUUGUUAAUGGGUGCAAUUUCAAAUCAACGUCCUGAUCUAUUUAAAUGUGUUGUAGCAGACGUUGGUGUUAUGGAUAUGCUAAGAUUCCAUCUUCAUACUAUCGGUAGUAAUUGGGUCUCUGAUUAUGGUAGAAGUGAUAAUCCUGAUGAUUUUGAUGUACUCAUUAAAUAUUCUCCUCUAAAUAAUGUCCCAAAGGAUUCAAAUCAAUAUCCAUCAAUUAUGCUUUGUACUGGUGACCAUGAUGAUCGUGUCAUUCCUGCUCACUCUUAUAAAUUCAUCUCUGAAUUACAAUAUCAACUUGGUAAAAAAGUUGAUACUCCACUUUUAAUUAGAGUUGAUAAAGAUUCUGGUCAUGGUGCUGGUAAAGGUUUAUCAAAACAAAAUAAUGAAAUAGCUGAUAUCUUUAAUUUCUUUUCAAAAGUUUUAAAUGUUAAAUUAAAUUUUUAA